AUGCAGCUUCCUGUUGACUUUGUAGGCCGUUUGACUUGUAUUGUACAAGGAGCCUUAAUCGCUACUGGAUCAGGCUACAUGCAACGUCAAUUUACUGAUCGGAACCUCAAGCUUCUCGACACGUCCCAGAAACAAUUUUACGUCAUGUCUUGUAUUCAGCAGUGGUUGCAGGUUGUUUUGGAUCUACUAGUCGCAGACCUUGCCACCGUUCUGGUAGCAUUGGCUGUUUUUGUGACGAAGCAAACUAGCUCUGGGGCUGUCGGCGUUGCUCUUGUGAACUUGCUUUUCAUUCAACUCAACGUUGACAUUGCUGGCUACCAACUGGACACAGCUUGA